AUGGCGCUUCCUUUAAGCAUCUUCCUUGGCGGCUGCGUGGUCGCCAUCCCCGUCGUAACUGGUGUCGCGCAAGGUGUCGAGCACCAGAAGAAGCAGAACGAAGAAGCCGCCAACGAGUCGCGCAUGUGGAAAUUCAACUGCCUCGUAGCCUGCGACGACCCCGAUCCGAUAGCGAAAGAAGAAGUCGACAAUGGUAUCCUCGUCGUGCGCCAUGAUAAAGUCUGGGUUGUGCCGAGGGAUGCGGAUAACAAGCCAAUGUGGCCGGAUGGGGUAGAUGGGGAAGGGAGAGAGCCAUUGCAUCCGUUUGCAGGUUUCUACAUCGCAUACCCGGACGAGGAACGGUCUCCUCCGGAAAGGGGGCUGGUUAGCACGAUCAGUGACGACCCCCCUAUGCUGAACUGGAUAUACUGCGACAAAGAGACGUAUGAACUACGCUACUCAAAUCGCACGGGCAGCAUCAUGCAUCAUGUGGGCGUUUGGGACUGGACUGAAGAUGAGACCCACCUCACAUUUGACGGCUGGGAAGGCUUCAUCGCUAUCGACGAAUGGGAUGGUGCUGAUGAAGACCCUAAUACGCCGUGGGGUAAAGAAGGGCUGCGCUGGGCAGUGUACUUCGACAAAGACGACAACGGGCUCAAGGGGAGGCACAAAGGAAGGGACAUGUUCGAGAUCAGCCUCAAGCGUAGGAUACAGAGCGCUGAAGAGCAACUGAAGCAGAAUGAAGCAGCCGAGAAGAAGAUGCAAGUCAAGAGUAGAGGUGGUCUUAGCACUCAGUUUGCUGCGCCUCAGAAAGAGAGAGACAAGGAGUGGGAAAAGAAGUUCGGUGAGAAAGCGAGGCUGGAGCUGGAGAGGAAAUUGGCAAAAGAUAAGGAGGAAGGGCAAGGGCCUGAGUGGGCCAGAGGCGAUGUUGGGAACGGAGGAUGA